CACGAGCGCUGCUGGGUUAGGAAAACACACACACACGCUGCUGGGUUAGGAAAACAGAUACACAAAUGAGCAGGAGAAACGCCCCUUCCGUUUGGUGACCACGAACCGCAAGCAAAUACCUAGGCGGCUCCACAGCAACCGCUGCUCUCAAGCGUCAAGAGUGUAUGUUCCUAUCAAGUACUGAAGCCAUAAGGAAAAAAACUGAAACUGUCGUGAUGAGGUGCUGGCACAUCUGCAAACUUCCUGGCAGGGUGCUGGGCAUCCGCGUGCUCCGCUUCUCUCUGGUGGCCGUCCUCUUGUUGCUCCUGGUGGCUGGGGCUCUGACCACUUUCCUUCCCAGUAACAAAGAUGACAAGAUGCUCACGUUGCGGAGGGAAGUCAAGGCCCAGGGCCAGCCCACCCUGGCUUCCUUCACUCUCAUCAUGCAGACGUACAACAGGUCGGAUCUGCUGCUGCGGCUGCUCAACCACUACCAGGCAGUGCCGCAGCUGCACAGAGUGAUCGUGGUGUGGAACAAUGUUGGGGAGAAGCCACCAGAGGACUUGUGGAACUCUCUGGGGCCGCACCCCAUCCCUGUGAUCUUCAAACCCCAGACCACAAACAGGAUGAGAAAUCGGCUCCAGGCCUUCCCUGAACUGGAGACCCCUGCAGUGUUAAUGAUAGAUGAUGACAUGCUAAUUAGUGCCCAAGACCUUGCUUUUGCUUUCUCCAUUUGGCAGCAAUUUCCUGAUCAAAUCGUAGGAUUUGUUCCCAGAAAGCACGUGUCCACCUCGUCAGGCGUCUACAGUUACGGAGGUUUUGAACUGCAGACACCGGGUUUUGGGGACGGUGACCAGUACUCCCUGGUGCUGAUUGGAGCCUCAUUCUUCAGUAGCAAAUACCUCAAACUCUUCCAGAGGCAGCCUGCAGCCGUCCACACUCUGAUAGACGAAACACAGAACUGUGAUGAUAUCGCCAUGAACUUUCUCGUUGCCAAGCACACUGGGAAGACUGCAGGGAUAUUUGUGAAACCUGUCAACAUUGGCAAUCUAGAAAAAGAAACCAAUGGGGGCCAUUCGGGAAUGUGGCAUCGGGCUGAGCACUUUCUGCAGAGGUCUUACUGUAUCAAUAAACUUGUUAACAUCUAUGGCGGCAUGCCCUUAAAGUACUCCAACAUCAUGAUCUCUCAGUUUGGCUUUCCAUAUGCCAACCACAAAAGUAAGAUGUGAAAGCCAAACAAAACAAACCUCCAGUGGCUUAGUGUUUGAGUGGCUUUUCCAUGCA